AUGCCACAUCUGCAACGCCUACCCGACGAGCUCCUGGCUCUUAUUGUGAAGGACCUCCCAAGCAACAAAGAUAUCGUCGCGCUCUCUGUCCAGUUCCGCCGGGUCCAUGAAAUCUGCGACCUCGCGACACGUCGUCGGUAUCGACGCAUCAGGAUCCGGACAGACGAGCACUUGAAUCCCGCGUUCGAGAUACUUCUAUCAAUCCUGCGGAAGCCGUCUCUGGGGAUGUACGUGCGGCACCUGGAAAUCGAUCGCCAGCCUGUCCACCCCGGCGAGUAUCGCAAGGUCGAGAAUGCCGAUUGCCUACGCUCGCUUAGCCAGGGCGAUUUGGAUCUUGUUAAAAAGGCAGUUAGACGACUGCCUUGUACUGGCUAUGAUGAGGAUACAUUUCUAAAUAUGGUGAUGCAGAGGAAGAUUGAUAUUAGCCCCCCUGGUCAUCGGUCGUCUUUUUACGCGGAGAAUACCGACCGAGGGGUAUUCAUUGGGCAGGCGAUUGCAGUGCUAUUAAUGAGUGUUUGUCCAGUGCUGGAGUCCCUGGUCCUGGGCGCGCCUUUUCGAAUACUGGGCGAUGGCCUGGCUGACCCGUCCCAGAACGGGCCUCAACAUUGUACACUUCCGUUCCCUCUCGACAAGUUUAUCCAGUCCGUCGGUUCAUCGUUACAUAUACCCUCUUGGGGACAGGAGCCAGGGUGCCCUUAUCUCCAGCAAGUGCAGAAGAUUGAGUUCCUACCACGGCCCUACCUGAGCAACAAGUGGUACUCGCCGUGCGACAUCAACGGCUGUCUCGCUCUAACAAGCGGACUGCCCAAGCUCCAGGCCAUCAGUGUCGACGGUAUGAAGGGAUUCCCUAUGCGACACACUGCAUUAGAACUCACGCCCAACAACAUCCAGAGCAUAGAGCUCCACCGAUCGCUGAUCGACACAAAUGUUCUCACCCCCCUGCUCUGUGCUCCAAGCGAGCUUCGCAACUUCAAAUACACCAGUGGAUACAUCGGUGACAAGGAACCCGGCGGUAGCAAUGGCGAUGUUGGACGGCGUGCACACGAAAGCGAGCGUGACAAUAAACUCCAUUUCUGGAUCUUCCUGGGUGGCAUUCUUCGCCACAGGGCGACGCUCGAGACCUUGGAGGUCGAUUGCGACCACCAUCUUGUCUUCGGUUACUUUACUCGGCAGCGAAUAUUCAGUCGUUGGCUAGGGCGUCCACCAUGGUCGCUCAGGUACUCCGGCUCGCUCAAGGACCUUACGGCGCUGACUUCCCUGGAUGUUGGGGUGCGCUUGUUCUUUUGGCUGGUCAAGGGACUUACAUCUAAACCCGAUAGUCCUGAUCUUCUCCACGAGCUGCCUCUGAGAUUACGGUCUCUCACGAUCCGCGGCUAUGAGAGGGGAGAAGACCCUGAGCGGGACAGCCAACUUGAGAAUCUGGAGCACAGCAUCAAUAGUAAUCUGCAUCCGUGUCUCAAGGAAGUGCGUGGUAUCCGUGAGCGUAUCCCGGCAGGAAUAUGUGCCCUUCGCGAGACUUGGCUGGGGGGAGAAGAUCCUGACUUUAAGCUUGAGGAUUGGACCGACUAUGAAUGA